GUGUGUGUGUUUUUAUUUUUUAUUUUUUGCAUUAUAAAACCCACAGUUUACUUGAGAAGACCACGGGAAAAGUCCUUGAGUUUAUGCAUUCUCCUGCAUAAACAUUAGGUGAAGCUGCUGGUUCUGAGUGCUACAUCUGUCCCGUUAUUACGUACUAGCGAUUUUGUUUUGAGGGGUGUCGCGCCCGUCGCCGCUCGAGUGUUUUUUUUCUGCUUGGUGGUUUGUGAACGGGGAUGGCGAAAGAAUCGCGCAAGACUGGAGGCCUUUACCCUUAACGGAACGGACCGAUAGGGAGCCACUGACGCCGAAACAGCCCGUGGGAAAGGAGAGGCAAACGGUCAAGACCAUGGGACACAGAGUGGGCUAAACUGGAGUAUCAAGUAACACAUGCUAACUUGUAUUCAUGUAAUCGUCCAUGGGAUGUGUGCUAAGCUUGUGUAUUGGUUUGAGGUUUCCCACUGUGGUGUAGGACAUGGCCACAGCCUCACUUAGAGCAGAAUCGAGCCAUAACUACAGAGGAACAUCCGAACUCCAUGCAGUUGUUUCCUGUGCCAAAAUCAAGAGGAAGAAAAGCUUAUUUGGAGUUGCCAUUUACGUGGAGGUGACAGCAGAAGGGGAGUCGCGCCGCACAGCGAAGUCCCACAGCUCAUCUAGUCCGAAAUGGGAUGAAAGGCUUACUUUGAAUGUAACACCGCGCAGCCAGGUGGACUUCAAAGUAUGGAGUCACCACACCCUGAAAGCAGAUGCUUUGCUGGGCAAAGCCUCACUGGACCUGAUAGAAGCCUUGGAGCAGCAUGAAAGCAAAUUGGAGAAUGUGAAAGAGGUCCUGAAGCUGAGUGUGGAACAGAAGGGUGUUCUGGUGCCUACAGGAGAGCUGACAGUCUAUCUGGAUGGCCUUACUGUCAGUGACGAGGAAGGACUAGCACCAUUAACUAAUGGAAAUGCAGCAAACGGCACCAAAGUCCAGCAGAAUGGUGACGCCAUCCAUGAAAAUGGAGAAUCCUCUUCCUCAAGGGCUCCCAACAGCACAGUGAAUGGGACAGACAUGGGCCUGGGUUCAGGGUCCUGUUCAGCCUCUAACGGAGUCAAUAGUCAGGUGCCUUCGACUUCCUGUAGCCCGGCCCUAGGUUACAUCAUCAAUGGUGAUGUUACACCCAACUCCACACCAAGCCACCGACCCUCUGAUAGUGAUACGGAGAGUAGGAUCCAAGACCGGGAGGACAGUACUCCAGAUGCCCUUCUGCCAGAUUCCGAUUCAGCCCCUAAUGGCACAUCUCAGCCGCCGCCUGCACAGGCCUCAAAUUUGUCUUCUGCUGCUAAGCCGAAUGAUGGUGCUGUUGCCGCUGAUGCCACUCCUACUGCUGCCUCCUCCACGUGCACUUCCUCAACACAGGGUGCCACUGCUAUCACGGCGUCCACAUCAUCAGUGUCCUCGUCCCCAGCAGCGGGGGAGACAAACGUGUCAGCUGACAGUGGGAGCAGUAGUAGCGCUGCAACAGGAACUACAGAUGGGGCCAAACCGAGACAGCAGGCUCCUGCAGCUGGGGCCCCGGAUCCUCUUCCACCUGGAUGGGAACAGCGAAAAGACCCACACGGAAGAACUUAUUAUGUAGAUCACAACACCAGAACUACAACAUGGGAAAGACCACAGCCACUGCCACCUGGAUGGGAGCGCCGAGUAGAUGACCGGGGCAGGAUCUACUACGUGGACCAUAACACCCGCACUACCACAUGGCAGCGUCCCACAAUGGAGUCUGUCCGGAAUUUUGAGCAGUGGCAGAGUCAGCGCAGCCAGCUGCAGGGAGCUAUGCACCAGUUUAACCAGAGAUACCUCUACUCUGCAUCCAUGAUGUCUGCUGAGAAUGAUCCACUUGGCCCACUUCCUCCUGGUUGGGAGAGGCGCGUGGAUUCCAAUGAUAGAGUGUACUUCGUUAACCACAACACAAAGACAACGCAGUGGGAAGACCCCCGAACUCAAGGGCUACAGAAUGAGGACCCUCUACCCGAGGGUUGGGAAAUCCGCUACACGAGGGAAGGUGUUCGAUACUUUGUGGAUCAUAACACCAGAACGACGACAUUUAGCGACCCCCGCACUGGAAAGUCCUCUGUCACCAAAGGUCCACAGAUUGCAUAUGAGCGCAGCUUCCGGUGGAAACUUGCCCAUUUUCGGUACCUGUGCCAGUCAAAUGCCCUCCCUAGCCAUGUGAAGAUCACCGUUUCUAGACAGACCUUGUUUGAAGACUCAUUCCAGCAGAUUAUGGCCUUGAAACCUUACGACUUAAGGCGGAGACUUUACGUCAUCUUUAGAGGCGAAGAGGGUCUCGAUUAUGGAGGCUUAGCUCGGGAGUGGUUCUUCUUGUUGUCGCAUGAGGUGCUGAACCCAAUGUACUGUCUAUUUGAGUACGCUGGCAAGAGCAACUAUUGCCUGCAGAUCAACCCGGCUUCUGCUAUCAACCCUGACCACCUCUCAUAUUUCUGCUUUAUCGGCAGAUUUAUUGCAAUGGCACUUUUUCAUGGAAAGUUCAUCGACACGGGCUUCUCCCUGCCUUUCUACAAACGUAUGCUCAAUAAGAAGCUCAUCCUCAAAGAUUUAGAGUCCAUCGACCCUGAGUUCUAUAACUCACUUAUAUGGAUAAGGGACAACAACAUUGAGGAGUGUGGUUUGGAGAUGUAUUUCUCAGUGGACAUGGAGAUCUUAGGCAAAAUCACAUCGCACGACCUCAAACCUGAUGGCACCAACGUUCUAGUCACAGAGGAAAACAAGGAGGAGUACAUUAGUUUAAUGGCAGAGUGGAGGUUCUCCCGUGGAGUUGAAGGUCAAACCAAAGCUUUCCUGGAUGGUUUUAAUGAGGUAGUUCCACUUCAGUGGCUUCAGUAUUUCGAUGAAAAGGAGCUUGAGGUGAUGCUAUGUGGCAUGCAAGAAGUGGACUUGCAGGACUGGCAAAGGAAUACAGUGUAUCGCCAUUAUACAAGGAACAGUAAGCAGAUCAUCUGGUUCUGGCAGCUGGUGAAAGAAGUGGAUAAUGAAGUGCGUCUGCGCCUCAUGCAGUUCGUCACUGGGACCUGCCGGCUCCCUCUGGGCGGCUUCGCUGAGCUCAUGGGAAGUAACGGGCCUCAGAAGUUCUGCAUUGAGAAGGUUGGGAAGGAAACAUGGCUUCCCAGGAGCCACACAUGCUUCAACCGUCUGGACCUCCCCCCUUACAAAAGCUUCGAGCAGCUCAAAGAGAAACUCCUCUUCGCCAUCGAGGAAACGGAAGGAUUUGGACAAGAAUAGACGCUGCGCUCCUCUCAAGUUUUCCCUCCUUCUCCUCAUCACUGAUUGUUCGACUGAAAUCAAUCAAAUAAUUGCACAAGAUAACCACCAAUGUAUAUAAGCUAUUUCAUCAUUUUUAACCAAAUCUUAAUUUGCAGCAUCCUUCUUGCCGCAAACUAUCUUACCAGACCUUUAAUAUAUGAAACCUCCAUCAAGAAAUAUGCAAGCCUCCCUACCUUUUAGAUCUUCUGUUUCCCAAAAAAAAAAACAUCUUUUGAAGAUAAACUCCCUCUCCUCCUGACCGCUUUCGUGAAAAGACUUAGUGUUUUUGGACAGGAUUUUAUCGUGUAACGCAAUCUUCUUUUGAAGCUCUAGUUCUAUAGAGCUUUUGAGUAGUAGUUUGCAGUCUGGUGCCUGAAAUCCUUUAAACCAACAACAUCUCAUUCCCCAAGAAGCAGUGGAUAGAAAAAGCCAACAUGCCUUGUAAAAUAUGUUUGUUUGUUUUAAAAAAUGAUUAAAAAAAAUACCUGUACAAUUUUGUAAGAAACUAAAAUCAUGUUAUGGAACAAACUAACUCAUUCGCUACCAAACAUCAUGUCACAAGCAGUGUUGUUUGUGGCAGCCCUUUUCAACUUUUGUCUGUCUAUUGGACGAAAAUAUGUCAUAGUUUUAGUCGUUUCAAAAUCCAAAAAUAAAUGAGUAUAUAAGGUUUUCAAGGCCAACACCAACUCUGGGAUCAUAAUGAACACUCAGACAAACAAUACAUUAUUUUUAAUGAAUUAUACCUUCCUGAACGCAGAGGUGGGUAGUAGCGCGUUACAUUUACUCAGUUACAUUUACUUGAGUAGAUUUGUGAAGAACUGCUACUAUUACUCCGCUACUUUGGGCUAUACUACUCCAUUAUACCAGACCCAAGCUUGCCGUUCUAUGAUCAUGCUGCCCUCUUCAAUUACGUGGUGUCUUUAAAGCACCGUAAAAAAUAAAAGUAUUUGACAUAGAACACUGCCCUCAAUAUGACUCGAAAGCGUGGAUUUUAACCUCUCUCCCAAAUUUUAAUUGGCACCAUUGACCAUGGAAAUUCAGAGGUAUGAUCCUCAUAAUUUUAUAACAGCAACUAUGAAGGCACUAUUCACAAUUAAACUAUUCAAACUAGGAACUAUUUUCUCCAAUAGAGGGCCUCCAUGAUCUUUUGACGAAUGAUGCUUCACUUCUGCAGAUUUUUUUUCUCGGCGGAGUUGAAUAAUUUUUUAUUUAUUUCUUUGGCUCAAUGCAGUUAUCUAAUAGGUUAUUGUACAGUUUAAUAAUAGCAGUUCAUAUAUUUAUAUAACUUUGUGUUGAGAAUUUUUUUUUUUUUUUUUUUUUAAAUCAAACAUCAGAAGCAGUUGGGCUACUCAAUGUUACUCAUUACUUGGGUAUUCCUUUAAACAUACGUUUUUACUUGUACUUGAGUGCAUUUUUUUGGAUGACUGCUUUUACGCUUAAGUAAUUUUACUUUGAAGUAAAGCUACUCGAGUAAAAUUUUUGGCUACUCUACCCACCUCUGCCUGGACGCCAGGAAUUGUAUGUAUAAAAAAGUUGUCCGAGAGUUUAAGCAGACGCUCACCAUGCUAAAGUUUAUGCUAAUGUGAUUGUGAACGCUACGCUAGUAUGAGUUAUAUUUAGUGUGUGAUGAUCACAGACGUUUAAAAACUAUAGCAACAUUGCAUAUGCUCUCUUGCAAAGAAAUCAAAGAUUACCGUGCGUUUCAAAACAAGCAAGCCUGGAGAGGAUACCAUUGAGUUUGUUUAGGGGGCAGCCUGUGACAUGAGUGACACAGCCAAACACUGCUACGAUGCAGGCUGAAAACAGGCACAAUAAGAAAAUGUCACACAUUGUGAAUAUAUGACGCAAACUAUGGAGCAUUUUCGUCUCCCAAGACACAUUUUUAGCACAUCGUCAUGAAAAAACUGUUCGAUAAUAAUAUAUUUUCAUUACCGUCAUUGUUGACAAAAAAACCAAUGGUCACAAGACAUCACCUUAUUGUGUACUAAUGUCAUUUUCGUCAACGAUAACAAAAAUAUUUCUGCAAUGAACAAUUUUUUCAUGACGAUGACGAGAAGAUAACGAGCUAACAACAUGUCACGGGAGACUAAAACGUAAUGAGACAAAUGCCACUUUUCGUCUGACAUGACGAGAACGAGAAGAAAAUGCGCAAUCGUUUCCGUCACACGUUAACAAUGUGUAGUUAGCCUGCAUCGUAGCAGUGUCUAGUUGUGUCACUCGUGACGUGCUGCGACCCCCCUUCCGACUCACCAGUGCAGUCUCCAGUCACUCCACCUUGCACACACGAUAAGAUUUUUCUUAUGUUGGCCAGAAAGAAAAUACAAUGUUGUUUUAGCCUUUAAAGAUCUGUGCUGAGUGAUCAUCACACACAUCAUGUAACUCGUAGCAUACCAUUCGCUUUAAGCUAAUGCUAACAGCGCGCAUCCUCUCUGACAAUUCUGACAUUUUUUUUUCAAACAUACAGUUCCUGGCGACCACGUUGGUAUAAUUUAUUGAAAAUAAUGUACUGUUUUACUGCUCAGUGUGUAGUAUCAACAAGUUGUUGUUGUCCUUGUAGAUGCUUCAAUAUGUGCUCGUGUGUCAAUGUUCAUUCGAAAUAGUUGGACACCUUUAUUUAUGGAGUAUAAUUUUAUAGAUGAAAACAUUUUUAGUGCACGUUGACUAAAACUAGACAAAAUUAUUCUUGAGUUUUUUGUCAACAAAAACUACACACAUUUUGAAAUGACUAAGACUAAUGAAUAUUAUCGUCCAAAAGACUAAGACGAAAAUUGAAAGGGCUGCUAAAAAAGAACUGUUAUGUACUAUAGCUACAUGAACACAGAACUAACUUAAGAUAAUUCCCAUCUUUCAUCAUUAAAAAAGUUUAUUUCUAACAUUUGUCCUUCUUUAGUUAUGAGCAGUUCAACAUAAACAACAUUGUUAUACAUCUUUGGUAGUGAAUGAGUUAAAAAUUGCUGGUUGAAACUUCUAAAUGACAUUUAAAAAUAAGCAUCCAGGACAUUUUCAAUGAAAUUGUCAACUAAAUAUUUUACAAAGGAGUAGUGUAAUUUUUUUUAUCCACUUAUUUUUGCUUUUACACACACACACACACACACACUUGGAUUCAUCAAAGUACCCAUGAGAAACACUUUCUGGUGACUUAUUCAAACAGGUGCAUGGUGACAUGUUCCAUUGGGGCGGGAUGACAUGCUGAGUCAUCAACUGUUCAGAACGGGGGGAGUCCAAACUUUCCUCUGAUGUCCGCACACAAAGACUGAAGGACGUAAGUUCUAUUUUGACAUUCUUGAUCGUGUUGUUGGUCUCUAAACUUGAAUAACUAACCCUAAUUUGGACGCCCCGUGUUUUGAACCGUCCCACAACCAAUAAAACUGGUGCUUAGUUGUUCAUACGUUGUCCAGUUCUACGGCGCCCCAAAAGGGACAUCGACAGAUAUAAGAUAAAUUUAAAACAUCUGGUGCGCACCAGAUAGUAUGGGGUGCAACUUGUGCACACCAGAAACAGUGUAGUAAACAUUAGCAUUAUAUAUCAUUUAAGCUAGCGGACAUUUGCUAUGCAAGUAGCCAAUGGCGUACCGCAAGCAACACGUCAUUUUUGCUCAUUAAUAUUCAUGAUGUUGGCAAUUGUUGCUAGGCGGGUCAACCUCCCGUUUGUCCUUAAUACAACCCUAGCAAAAAGUAUGGAAUCACCAGUCUCGGACGAACACUCAC